CACGCCCAUUCCGGGGGCCCUGAGAGCGCCGCGUACUGGACUUCAAGCCCCGCCCCACUUCGCUCGGGACGCAGAGCUUUCACCUCGCGGGUCCUGGCGGUGGUCUGCACAUUGGUCCGGGUCCCUGCGGCUGCUCUCCGUCGCCCACGGUGCGCAGGCCUUCUUCUCGGGAGCUCCUCGGGAACCUGAGGUGCAGGCCUGGUGUGAUCUGCUGCCUGGACACAGAGAACAAUGCGGAAGGAAGCUGGCCCACUAGUGCCUUUGCAUUAUUUUGGCUUUGGUUAUGCAGCACUGGUUGCUACCGGUGGGAUCAUUGGCUAUGUAAAAGCAGGCAGUGUGCCAAGCCUGGCCGCCGGGCUCCUCUUCGGGAGCUUAGCAGGCCUGGGUGCUUACCAGCUGUCUCAGGACCCCAGGAACGUUUGGGUUUUCCUAGUUACAUCCGGGACCUUGGCUGGCAUUAUGGGCAUGAGAUUCUACCGCUCUGGAAAAUUCAUGCCUGCAGGCUUAAUUGCAGGUGCCAGUUUGCUGAUGGUUGCUAAAGUUGGAUUUACUAUGUUGGACAGGCCACGUUCGUAGUGGCCACAUCCCAGCUUGGACUUGUGAAGAAUUAAAAACCUCCGGGCUUCCACUUUUUAAAUGCAGAACAUUUCCAUACUUCAGCGUUUUACUUAAACUGAAUUUGGUGGGGAAAAAUAUUAAUCGCUGGCAUCACAGCACUCAGAGGUGGCGAGUGUGUGAGUGAAGAGCUUCUCGAUGCCCCCGCAGGGCUGGUUCUUCUGUGGGCUGUUGUCUCUUUUCUCUGUGUCCACAGUUAGAAAUCACAAACAGUAAAAUGUUAGGGAUCAACCCUGGGCCCCCCAUGCCCUGCUCAGAAGAACAGUGUGACAAGGUUUGGGGUUGGCAAGAUUUGGGGUCUGUGUUCUCAUCUUACAGCACAGACCUACUUUGAAAUUACGGUAAAUGGAAUAAUGAAAAUAAAGUUUACUAUGAAUAACA